CCCCAUCCGAAGUGUCCGGCGGGAAGUGCUGGAAUCAAACCUCCAUUGCUUGAGAGAUUUCCAAAAAGGCUAAGGCGGUCUGGUUGAAACUCAUCCCUGCUCAGCAAUAUUCUCAUUUCUUCAGCCUCAGUUACGAAAAUUGGCUACAGGAGAACAUCUCUAAUGAAGAAUAAGGUGACUGGACGGGUGAUUGGACGAGCUAUUUCAUCCUCAUAACCUGAUAUCUCUGGAAAUGCAUAAAUGAUAAGUGUUUUCAAAAGAAAGAAGUUGUCUCCCUUAUCACUCCACAAUUAUGUCACUGCAAAGGCUAGAGAAUGGAGCAAAGCCUGGAGUGAGGGAUAGUUAGAAGCAAAUGCUCAUGUCCAACAUACAAGAACUAAAGCGUUGGUUUCCUGAAAUGCUCUAGGCUCCAGCCACAUAGUGGUGGAAAAUGAAUACCGACGAGGCUGCUCAAGGCAGUUGGAGAAUCGCCUCCGCUGACGGAGUGCUUCAUGAUUCUCAGGGUAUGUGUCUGGCGGUUUUUACAGCAAGAUGGAAAAUGGUACCGCCAUUACGACUGAACUCUGGGAGAUUCUUCAUGGACUUCAAUUGUCUUGGAGGAAAGGAAUCAGAUUCCUCAUCCUCGAGUCGGAUUCCCCGCUCGCUUUGGAUUUGAUCAAGAACAGGACGGAUGCAGCUCACCCACAUGCCACCAUUCUUGGUUCGAUACGUCAUCUUUUGGCUCGAGGCUGGGUGGUUCAGCUGGCUCAUACGUACCAAGAAGGGAAUAGAGUCGCGAAUUGGCUCUCGAAACACAGUCUCGUCUAUCCCCUUCGAUAUGUAUGAGUUAGAUGAACCUCGAGAGGACUUAAAGAAAAUUCUACAGGAGGACCUUUUGGGAGUGAUCUUCCCUCGACAGGUGCUGCAAAGGAUCAGUAGUGAUAGUUGAUUUAUUUGGUUUGAGCUUUGCUAGUUGUUUCUCUUUAUCGCCCUUGUGUGCUUUUGGGAUUUCUCUAAUUCUGGUGGCCUUGUAGCCCCUCUCUAAUGCUAGCGUCUGCCUCCCCUUUAAAUAAAUAAAAAAAAUUAAGACAUUAAAUACUUUGUUGGGGUUAAAACGUUUGAUUAAGGCAUUAAUUUGUUCUAUUCUCAUACAGUGUCUAUCAAAGACUAUAUCACAAAACUUUGCAAUAAAUGAAGUUUGACUGCCUGUUUGAGUGGUAAACUAGCUUAUCACCACAGUAAACAAAAAAAAAGUCAAAAUUUGUAUAAGAUUGAAUGUGACAGAACUGUGCAAUAAGGUAGUUGCCGGGCCGGGGGGGGGGGGGGGGGGGGGGGGAAUUUUCUUGUUGGACUAUCCUCACUUGCAGAGACGAAAUUGGAAUGUUCAUUGUCGACUUCGUCUUGUUCGUUGUCAAAGAAGGUGCUGAUGAGGGGUACACAACAACACAGUAGCAGAAACAACAGAAAGGGAAAUGAGUAGUAAACAACAUUCUAUGCCAGAAGAGAGACGCAAAACACAUUCACAUUAGAAGCUCGGUUGAUGGACCUAAAUUUGGAAUCGAAUAUCCAAACAUUCCUCAUCACAAACAUGGUUGCAAAGAACAGCUCAAGUGAAGUCUUGUAGUUGUUUAUCAAGUGGGUGCAUCUGUAAACAGUGCUACUGUGUCAUAGAAAAUGAAGGGGGGGGGGGGGGAUUUCUGCCAGGAAUUAAAACAAAAGUAACUAAGGGAAAACGAAGACUUAAGAAAGGGUUUUGAAAAAGGAAUUUAAUUUCACCUGGAUUCUUCGUUGAUUCUCUGCUGCUCAAGAUCGGGAAGUGAGAAGUCUUCCUCUCCAUGAGAGCCGUAGAGUUGUCUGAAUUGGUUGUAGAGCAACUGCAGGUUGAGCGCGCAUCCAAUAUCAUAACCAACGAUCCAAAUUCUCAUUGGCCAGACGGGCUUCUUUGUUUUUGCAAUAGGCGAAGUGAAACCACUCACGGCGAGCUGAAUGGUAAACUAGCUUUAACCAAUAAUUUGCAUUGAUGUGGAAAAUUGCCCCAAAAAUUAUUAUAAUGAUUUGUAUACCUAGAUUUCUUCUCAUAAGCAAAAACAAGCAAACAACAGAGUAGUUACAAAUGGCUACUAUUGAGCUCCUUUAUGUAUACACACAAGCCAACCUUUUAGCUAACCAACUCUCUCAUUUUUUUAACCAAUCUUCACUCCUCUCUUCACCAAAAUGGCAUACAAAACUUAAUAUCAACAGACGAAUUAAGAUACAUAAAAGAAAGAAAGGAAAAAAAAUUUACAAGAUUCAAUGCAAGAGAACUCAUAUCAUAAUGAAGAUUGAAGAACAUGGAAGGAAGAAUGAAGCAAAAUGAGGGAAGCUUCAAUGAUCUAUCAUCUCCUUGGUUUUUGUUUGCAGAGAGGGCAGAAUGAUAUGAUCCUCAACCACUUAUCCACACAUUUCAAAUGAAACCUUUGUGGACAUGACAACUGUCUUACUUCCUCCUUAUCUUUGUAUUUGGCUAGGCAAAUGCAGCAUUCCUAAUUAUCACUACAGUAAGUAAAAAGAAAGUCAAGAUUUGUAUAAGAUUAAAUGUGACAGAGCUGCCUUACUUCCUCAUUUGCAGGGGCUGAAUUGGAAUGUUCAUUGUCGACUCCGUCUUGUUCAUUGACAUUUACAACUUUGUAAUUCCAAGUUGGGAGGCAGGAAAUUGGUUGUCGUAGGCACCUCUGUUUGAAGAGCCCAUAUUCAUGUUGUAGCCAAGAAAGGAGGUGAUGAGGGGUACACAGUAGCAGAAAGCCAGAAACAACAUAAAGGAACUGAGUAGCAGACUGAUUCCAUGCCAGGAGAGAGACGCAGAGCACAUUGAGAUUCAAAGCUCGAUUGAUGGACCCGAAUCUAGAAUCAAAUAUCCAGUUGUUCCCCAUCAAAAACUAGAUUGCAAAAAAUAACUCAAGUGAAGUCCGACAUUUGUUAAUCAAAUGGGUGCAUCUGGAAACAGUGUUAUUGUUUCAUACAAAAAGGGGCAGGUUCUUGCCAGGAAUCAGAAAAAAGAAACUACGGGAAAAUGAAAACUUGAGAAAAGGUUUUGAAUAACGAAUUUAAUUUCACCUCGAUUCAUCGCUAUUUCUCUGCUGCUCAAGAUUGGUAAGCGGGAAGCCUUCCUCUCCAUAAGAGUCGUAGAGUCAUCUGAAUCGGCCGUAGAGCAGCAGCAGCAAGCUGUGUGUGCAGCCAAUAUCAUAACCAACAAUCCAAAUUCUCAUUGACCAGACAAGACAGGCUUCUCUGUUUUUGCAACUACCAAAGUGAGUUGAAUCGUAAACUAACUGCCACCCAAUGAUUUGAAUUAUUGUGGGAAAUUGCCCCAAAAUUUUAUCAUCAUCAUUUGUAUACCUAGAUUUCUUCUCAUUAGAAAAUACCAGCAAACAAGCGGAGUAGUUACAAAUGGCUACUGUUGAGCUCCUUUCUGUAUACACGCAAUCCAAGCUUUUAGCUGGCCAACUCUCACUCUCGUAACCAAGCUCUCAUCUUCAACUAAAAGGCAUACAAAACUUAUAUCAACAAUUGAAUUAAGAGACAUAAAAGAACGAAAGGAAAAAUAUUUAUACGAUUAAAUACAAGAGAACUCAUAUAAUAAUGAAGAUUGAAGAACAUAAAAGGAAGGAAGCAUGAACUGAGGGAAUCUUCAAUUAUCAUCUCCUCAGUUCUUGUUUGCAGAGAGACAAACAUGAUAUGAUCCUCAACCACUGAUCCACACAUUUCAAAUAAAACAUAUGUAGACAUGACAGCUGACUUACUUCCUCUUUGUAUUUGGCUAUGCAACAUUCCAAAUUAUCACCACAGUAAUAAAGAAAAAGUCAAAAUUUGUACAAGAUUGAAUGUAACAAAACUGUGCAAUAAGG